ACUCACUCAUAAUUGUGAGUCGCUUUGGAUAAAUGCAUCAGCCAAAUGCUGUAAAUGUAAACGUACACUGUGAUACAUUCACACUGAUACAUUGUGAUACAUUUACACUGUUAUGUUGUGAUACAUUUACAUGGAUGAAUGCUAACGCAUGUUUCAUUAUAGAAGAAGUGGGGUCUGACCUUUACUGGUGGUUGCUGCACUGAAAUGUGCCACGGGGCUGAUCGCAGGCCAGUCUGAUCCUAAAGUGUGUCCCCCUUCAUUCAUAAAUCAUCUGGGCUGUAAGAGCUAGGCUCCGGGGCACAGCUCAUUCCACACAACCUGCUGGGCCAUGUGUCAGUGAUGACUUGGGGUCACGCAAACAGACUUGACAGAAGCCGUGCCCGAGACACAGAGAUUGGACAGCAGUCUGCAAAAAGCUAAAGCACAACUGUCAAUCAAAACGAGGCGGCACCGCCCCUCCAGGUCCCGCCUCAGAGACAGUCUGAGUUCUAUGGAGGGCGAAGACAGCCUUGACGGAAAGAGUAUCAGCGGCGCCGUGCCCACCUCCUGCGCUCCUCUCCACGCCUCCUUCGGCCGCUCCUCUCCUUCCCCAGACCUUUGUCUCUCCUCUUCUCCUGCGCGGAGGGACAGAGGCUUGGCACCAGACCUGUGCCCUGUUACGCCGGAGAUGCGGGCGGAGGAACAGGGGCCAGGGAUGCACAGGCACUUGCUGAGCACCUCCUCUCAGGAGCAGGGGACAGGGAGGCUGAGCACCUCCUCUCAGGAGGCCCUGCUCCCAGCUGCCUCUGGCUUCUCCGGCCGGCCCUGCAGCAGGUCGGAAAACUCCUCCCCGGCCCACCUUCGCCAGGGGAACCGGGUCCGGUUGCACGAGGGGGACCCUUCUCUCCCGCGCCAGACGGACCACUCCCAGAGUGAAGACGACAGUCAUGACUUCGGGUCUGAUGAACCGGGCAGCCCCACUGUGCUACUGGACAAGAAGACCAGGCGGAGUUUCCUCAACCUGGGGGUCACCUUGCGUCGCACAUAUGGGAAGGUUCGGAAGGACAGAAGCAACAGACUGUCUGCAGGAAAUCGGGAGACUGAGAGAACAGAGGCGCGUUCCUCGCGUUCCUCCGGCCCUCCAUUUGUGCCUUUCUCCUGGUUCAGUGACAGACUUCGCUCCUCCAGCUCCCCCAAGACAUCCAAAAUACUCUCCGAGGGCUCAAGCCAGGAGGAGGAGUCUGAGCCCUCUGCCAGUCUCCUGGAGGUCCCUGGGAGACCCGGCAGGCCGGAGCGCUCCCAGCCGUACCGCAGCCUGGGGGACCCCCGGGCGGAGGAGGGAUGUGGAGGCGCAGGACCGGCUUUGCCCCAGAAGAAGGUCAUCCUCCCGUUUUCAACCAGCGGACGAGACCGGGGAGAAAGGCAGAAUGGUGUCCACCGUAACAGGGACGGCGGGCACAAGGAAGACGGCCAGAAGCUACUGACCACGUGACCGCAGUGCACCGUUGGGGGGGGUGAGGCUGUUGGCCCACGCAGACGGCAGGGAACAAAAAAACAACGCAAAAAUCCAUCACAGUGCAACUGAUAAGGGAGAAGCUUUGCUCCUCAUUCGGUUUUGCAGAUGUACAGGUCUUAUUAUUAUUAUUAUUAUUAUUAUUGUUAUUAUUAUUAUUAUUAUUAUUAUUAUUAUUAUUAUUAUUAUUAUUGUGGUGCAGACAAUGUUAACUCUUAUUGGGGCUUUUGAAUCUGUUUGACUGGAAAAUGGCUCAAUAAACACUUUUAAUAAACUA